CCGCUCAACGACCCGUCUGCUCUGCCUUGCCGCGCCUUCGUGCCCCGCGCGCGACAGGGUCAAGGCAACCCAGCACCACGCACCAUUCCAUUCCCUUCCCUUCCCUUCCCCGCCAGGCAUCAUAUAUACCCGACGUCGCCCACCGAUGCUUCGUCGUCAACCAGUCGCUCCUCCAGUUCCUCUCCAACGCCUCGGAAGCACAACCAAAACCAAGAAACCAACCGAUCUGCGUCGGGAGGAGGAGGGUCGUUGCCAGCUCUUCGGUUCUUGCAUUGCUGAUGGCUCCAGCGCAGCCGUGGAGGUCCCUGCUCUGCUGCGUGGGAGGCGCGGCGGCGGGGGACGACGAAGGGCCGUCACCGUCCUCCGCGCCGGCGCGGAGGAGAGGGGACCGGAGGGCGCUGCUGCUGCCGUCGUCCGAGGCGUCGUCGUCGGCAUCCCGGGUCUCCCUGUCCAGCCUUGGGUCGACGGGCGCGCUGACGCCGGAGGACCUCUCGCUGACGCUGUCUGGGUCCAACCUGCACGCCUUCACCUACGCCGAGCUCAGGGCGGCCACCGCCGGCUUCUCCCGCUCCAGGUUCCUCGGCUGCGGCGGCUUCGGGCCCGUCUACCGGGGCCAGCUCGCCGCCGAGCUCCGGCCGGGGCUCGACGCGCAGACCGUCGCCGUCAAGUACCUCGACGCCGACUCCAGCUCCCAGGGCCAUAACGAGUGGCUGGCGGAGGUGUUCUUCCUUGGGCAACUGAGGCACAGGAACCUGGUGAAGCUGGUCGGCUACUGCUACGAGGAGGAGCACCGGAUGCUGGCGUACGAGUACAUGGCCGCCGGCAGCCUGGAGAAGCACCUCUUCAGAAGCAUCGACGGCCCCAUGCCGUGGAUGACGAGGAUGAAGAUAGCCGUCGGCGCCGCCAAGGGCCUCGCCUUCCUCCACGCCGCCGACACGCCCGUCAUCUACCGCGACCUCAAGGCCUCCAACAUCCUGCUCGACUCGGACUACACCGCGAAGCUGUCCGACUUCGGCCUGGCAAAGGACGGGCCCAACGGCGACGCCACCCAUGUCACCACACGCAUCAUGGGCACACACGGAUACGCCGCGCCGGAGUACAUCAUGACGGGGCACCUGACCGCCAAGAGCGACGUCUACAGCUUCGGCGUCGUCCUCCUCGAGCUCAUCUCCGGCCGGCGGUCCAUCGACCGCGCUCGGCGUUCCAGGGAGCAGAGCCUGGUGGACUACGCCAGGCCGUACCUCAAAAAGCAUGACAAGUUGCACCGGGUCAUGGAUCCGGCUUUGGAAUGCCAGUACUCGUGUCAGGGGGCUGAACUGGCCGCACGAGUGGCGUACAAAUGCCUGAGCGAGAACUCGAAGUCGAGGCCGACCAUGAAGGAGGUCGUUCAGGCCCUGGAGCCCGUACUCAAGAUGGACGACUACCUCGAAGUUGGUCCGUUCGUGUUCACGGUCGUAGUGGAGGAUGCCGAUAGAGACGUUGGGAACAAAGGGAAGAUUGUUGGUGAUGAGUGGAAGGUUGAGAAGAUUGUAGGGGACAAGCACCAGAGCCACCAAGAUCGACACCGGCGAAAGUUCCCGAACUCGACGAUACACGCCGAUGUUUUGCUGCAGCGGGACGGUGCCAUCGGGCCGUAUACCACCGCGCUGCAACGUCACCGGAGAGCGUCAAGUUAUGUAGAGGAAAGGGGUGCGUAG